AUGGGCCUCAGUACAAACAUGUCGUCGUGUCUAGGUUUCCGCAAGUCCAAGGGCCAGGACACCGAGCCGUUGCUCCCCCAGUACCACGAUGACACCGUCUUACAAAGGGAGCUCCAUCAAAAACUGCACUCCUACCAGAUGAUUCGAGCCCUGACCAAGGGUUAUAUGCCGUCCAACGAGCAGGCGAUAAUUAAUCUGCGUACGUUGUCUGCCGCUGACAUCCUCAAUCCGGACAAUGAGGACCUCAGCGAUUCCGGACGACUCCUGGUCCGGUACACGAAGCUGUUCCUGAAGCAAUUCAUGGAGAUGCUGCAGCACAAGAACUCCGAAGACCAGAUACAAGACUUGAUUUGGUAUCUGUCAAAGUCAAGGGUCUCUGUGGAUGUUGACGAUAUCGCCGAAAGAGCUUCCAAAGCCAAAGCCAAGGCAGAUACUGCUGCUGCCUAUCAAAGCCUCCGUACUGUUGGCUCCCUCCUCCUUACCAACUCCGAUUUCCGUGUAUUCCUGUCCGAUAUCACAACAAUUGGUCGUGAGGUGUUCAAAGAUGCUGCAUUCAAGUUAUCUGACGUCGCCGAAGAAGCCGGUAAACAAAUUGAGCCUUCGCAGACUGAGCAGGAUGCAUUGAAGAAACCCGGUGCCGAUGACAGGCCAGCGCCCACCAGCAAUGAGCUCGCUGGUGAUGUUGCAGACAUGUCGAAAGCUGUUGGAAACGGUGCGCUCGAGGUCGCAAAGGAGGCCGAACAAAGUCUUGAGGACAAAAUCACUGGAGACGAGAAGGAGACACUCCUCUACAGACUGAAGCAGGCCGUGACUAAACUUCGGAGAAGAAAUGAUUACUCAGACUCAGUUUCCACCAUAUCUCUGCUUAUAAAGCGAUAUGCCAUGGUAUACUCCAGAGCUAUCAAGGACACUGCAGAGACUGCCGACCAAGACAUUCAUACCAAUCCUGCGACCGAAAGAGCUGUAAAGAACUUCUGGCUGUUCUUGAAGUCUUUUGGCGACGGCAAGCAGUGGGACAAAUUGGAGGAAAGAUUUCUACAGCUGAAAGAGCAUGGUGAAAAUGAUCCGCAGUUUGAGGAUAUGAUGAUGCACCUUGGUAACUCGUUGGAAGAACUCCUGACCGACCCCAGCUUCUUCGACAAUGCCGACGAGAAAUUUGCAGAGCUACGUGAGAAGACCCGACUAUUGGGCAAGGAGUCCUCCCUACGUGAUGAUGUUGACGCGUUCCUCGGCGCCAUCCAAGCUACCAUCCAAUCGGUGUUGUAUGAUGAAGAUAUUGCAAAGUUGAUCAAGACAUCGACUACCAUCGCAAAGAUCUUGUCUCCUGCCCAUCAGUACACCAAUACCGAACUCAUCAAAGAUAGCAUUCAUGUGUUCGUCCCCUUACUUAUCCAGGCAGUUCAAUAUCUCCCGAUUCCUCGCCUCGAAAUAUCCACGCCUGAGAUUGAUCUCUUACUUGAAAACUUGAUUCUCGAACCCGGUCGAACGAUUAACCAUACCUCCUUCUUGCCAUACAAGUUGCGUAUUGAGACGUACAAUGAUCUGGAAAUUCGUAAGGCUCGAUUCCGCACCACAACCAAAACAACGUCCCUGGUCACCAUCAAGAUCGACGGCUUAUCCCUUCGUUCUGAGGAGGUCGGAUUCUGGCUCAGAGCACACACUGGCAUACUCCGUUUCGCCGACGAGGGAAUCACUUCCUUUGAACUAGACGAACGAGGCAUUGACAUUCAUCUCGAUGUUGAGAUAGCCAAGGAGAAGCUCGAGCAGAUCCUCACACUCAAGGACGUCCGCGUGCACGUCCAUAAGCUGAACUAUAAACUUCGCAAGAGCAAGCUCAGUUGGCUCGCCUGGCUGUUCAAGCCACUUUUACGCCCUGUCGUGCGGAAAGUCAUGGAAAAGCAACUCGCUACGGCCAUUGCAGACGGCCUUCAUGCUGCCAACCGCGAACUACUAUUUGCUCGUGAGAGGUUGAGAGCAACCCGUAUCUCAGAUCCGAAGGAUGUCAUGACGUUCUUCAAGGCUGUCGCUGCUCGUCUCACGCCAGAGGAAGACCCCGAUCUGUACAGCCGCGUUGGUGUUGCGCAGCCGGGCAAGGGCGUCUUCAAAGGCGUAUAUGCACCUGGCAGCGUGGUCAAGCUCUGGAACGACGAAGCAGCUCAUGCUGAAGAACGCGUGCUCGACUACGAGCAGGGUGGAUGGAGGAAUGACAUCUUCGACGUACAUACGACAUUCAUGACCUAG